UAUACACAUCUUUAUAAGGUAACAAACAGAAAGUACUAUUGUAUUAUUAACCAUGUAAUGAAAUAGAUGUAUUGUACCAUGUUUGAUUUCAAAGUGAAAUAAUGGCAUAUCGUGCAACUGGGAUUGAUGAUAAUCCUCUCCAGGUACACCAAGCUGGGUGUCCACGCUUAUACCGGGAUGUUUUCUCAAAUAUUAAGGUUUUAUGGGCAGUUGUCACUUUUCUAGUUGUAUUGAUGAUUGCUUUAGUGAUUGUUAUAUGUGUCAUCAAAGGCAAGAAUGAUAUUUGCAUACAGAAAUCAAAUGACAAUGCAUCUAAUGACACUAAAAAGAUCACACCACUGAAAAAUGAUCCUUUUUGUCAAUUGCCCAUCCCUCGCACAAACGUACACGUCAUGAAAUGUUUUCUUCUUUACGAAGGAGAAUAUACUGUAAACUGCGUUUUCGAUACACCCGCACAAGUUACAAGAGUAUGUGCUACAAAUGUUACUAACUAACAUUAUAAACUUGACUGUGAUUCAUCAUUUGGCUAUAACUGCAAUCAAGUUUGCUCAGAAAAUUGUGACUUAGAUUGUAAAGGUGAUUGUACCGAGUUUUCAAUUACGAUACUUUUAUCUGGUAUUCUUGUACUUGAGAUAAGUGAUAACUGUUUACAAAAUGAUGGACAUAUUGAAAUAUGGAAUGCAACGAUUCACAGAAUGGGAAAACAGGAAAUGCAAAGUAAGAACCAAAGGAAUAGUGAACAAAAAACAUGACAAUAAAGUAAAGACAAAAAUA